GCGGCGGCCGCGCGGCGGGGCCCCGGGAGGCGGGCCGCUGAACGGGGCGCGCGGCCCCGAGGAUGCGGGAGCGGGAGCAGCACUGGCGUGGGUGCUCCCAUCACCUGGUCUUUGGAGACUCAGUUGCUUUUUAAUGGCGGCAGCAGCUGCUGGGUGAGCAGCCGGAGACUCUACAGUACUCCUCUCUUCAGGACAGGAUCGCUUUCUCUCGCCAUUACCACCACUGGAUUGGUGGAGGUGCUUUUCCCUUUUCACCCCUCCAACUCUUGAAGGGAGAAGAAGAUGCCACUGCCAUUUGGAUUGAAACUAAAACGCACCCGGCGCUACACGGUAUCCAGCAAGAGCUGCCUGGUUGCCCGGAUCCAGCUGCUCAACAAUGAGUUUGUAGAGUUCACGCUGUCCGUGGAGAGCACUGGCCAGGAGAGCCUGGAGGCUGUGGCCCAGAGACUGGAGCUGCGGGAGAUCACUUACUUCAGCCUCUGGUACUACAACAAGCAAAACCAGCGCCGGUGGGUAGAUUUGGAAAAACCUCUAAAGAAGCAGCUGGAUAAAUAUGCAUUGGAACCUACCGUCUAUUUUGGAGUGGUGUUUUAUGUGCCUUCAGUUUCACAGCUGCAGCAGGAGAUUACCAGGUAUCAGUAUUAUCUGCAGCUGAAGAAAGAUAUCUUGGAAGGAAACAUUCCUUGUACAUUGGAACAAGCAAUUCAGCUAGCAGGCUUAGCUGUUCAAGCUGAUUUUGGUGACUUUGAUCAGUAUGAAUCCCAGGACUUUCUUCAGAAAUUUGCCUUGCUUCCUGUGGAGUGGUUACAAGAUGAAAAAGUAUUGGAGGAAGCAACCCAAAAAGUGGCCUUACUGCAUCAGAAAUACAGAGGGCUGACAGCUCCUGAUGCUGAAAUGCUGUACAUGCAGGAGAUAGAGAGAAUGGACGGCUAUGGAGAAGAGAGCUACCCUGCCAAGGAUAGCCAAGGCAGCGACAUAUCCAUCGGAGCGUGUCUCGAAGGUAUCUUUGUGAAACAUAAGAAUGGAAGGCCUCCUGUGAUAUUUAGGUGGCAUGAUAUUGCUAACAUGUCCCACAAUAAGUCCUUUUUUGCAUUAGAGCUGUCAAAUAAAGAGGAGACCAUCCAGUUUCAGACUGAAGACAUGGAAACAGCAAAAUACGUGUGGAGACUCUGUGUUGCGCGACACAAGUUUUACAGAUUGAAUCAGUGCAGCCUGCAAACUCAGACUGUCAUAGUGAACCCAAUUAGGAGGAGGUCUUCUUCGAGGAUGUCUCUGCCUAAACCCCAGCCCUAUGUGAUGCCUCCCCCGCCUCAGCUGCAUUAUAAUGGACAUUAUACGGAACCAUACACUUCUUCCCAAGAUAACCUGUUUGUGACCAACCAGAACGGAUACUACUGUCACUCUCAGACGAGUUUGGAUCGAGCCCAGAUCGACCUGAGUGGUCGCCUCCGCAACGGCAGUGUCUACAGUGCACACAGCACCAGCUCCUUAAAUAACCCGCAGCCCUACUUGCAGCCCUCACCCAUGUCCUCGAACCCGAGCAUCACCGGGAGUGACAUCAUGAGGCCUGACUAUGUCCCGUCGCACCGGCACAGCGCCCUGAUCCCCCCGUCCUACCGCCCGACCCCCGACUAUGAGACGGUGAUGAAGCAGCUCCACAGAGGCCUGGCGCCCGCCGAGAGGCAGAGCCACUCGCUGAGAAACCUCAACAUCGGCAGCUCGUACGCAUACAGCAGGCCCGAUGCGCUGGUUUACAGCCAGCCCGAGAUCCGGGAGCACGCGCACUUCAGCUCCCCGCCGUCGGCCCACUACCCGUUCAACCUGAAUUACAGUUUCCACAGCCAGGCCCCUUACCCGUACCCCGCAGAGAGGCGGCCGGUGGUGGGUGCCGUCAGCGUGCCCGAGCUGACCAACGUGCAGCUCCAGGCCCGGGACUACCCAGCCCCCAACAUCAUGAGGACGCAGGUGUACCGCCCGCCGCCCCCCUACCCGUACCCCAGGCCCGCCAACAGCACCCCUGACCUGUCCCGCCACCUCUACAUCAGCAGCAGCAACCCCGAUCUCAUCACCCGGCGGGUCCAUCACUCGGUCCAGACGUUCCAGGAGGACAGCUUGCCGGUGGCGCAUUCCCUGCAGGAGGUCAGCGAGCCCCUGACCUCGGCCCGGCACGCCCAGCUCCAGAAGCGGAACAGCAUUGAGAUCGCGGGGCUGACCCACGGCUUUGAGGGCCUGCGGCUCAAGGAGAGGACCAUGUCGGCGUCGGCGGCGGACGUGGCUCCGCGGGCCGUCUCUGCGGGCUCCCAGCCGAACAUCGUCACGGAAAGGACAAAGCGAGACGACGACGACGAGCAGGAGAGCCUGAGAUACGGUCACAAAAAGUCUCUUUCAGACGCCACCAUGCUGAUACACAGCAGCGAGGAGGAGGAGGAGGACUUGGAGGAGGAGCGCGGGGCGCGGGCGCAGCCCUCUGCCCAGGCGCCCCGGGGCAGCUACUCCCAGCAAGCCCCGCUGAGCAGCCCCCACGCGCCCGGCCCCCCGGCCGCCGGCCCCGUGCACAGCCUUGAGCCCAAGGCCCACGUCACUGAGGCCGAGAGGAAGGGGAGGGCCGGCAGCCCAGUUCCCACGCCCGGGGAAGGCCCGCUGCCCAGGAGGGACGGGCUGCUGACGCCCUCCAUGUCCGAGUCGGACCUCACCACGUCGGGGAGGUACCGCGCCAGGAGGGACUCUCUGAAGAAGAGGCCGGUGUCAGAUCUCCUCUCCGGAAAGAAGAACGUCGUGGAAGGGCUUCCGCCGUUAGGGGGAAUGAAAAAGAGCCGAGUAGAUGCAAAAAAAAUUGGUCCUCUCAAACUGGCUGCCCUAAACGGACUCUCCCUGUCUCGACUGCCUCUGCCUGAUGAAGGAAAGGAGGUGCCUGCCAGAGCCACGAAUGAUGAGAGGUGUAAAAUUCUGGAACAGCGGUUAGAACAAGGAAUGGUAUUCACAGAAUAUGAAAGAAUUCUUAAAAAACGGCUCGUUGAUGGGGAGUGCUCAACAGCACGACUCCCUGAAAAUGCAGAAAGAAAUCGGUUCCAAGAUGUUCUUCCCUAUGAUGAUGCCAGAGUGGAACUGGUCCCAACCAAAGAAAACAAUACCGGUUACAUCAACGCGUCACAUAUUAAGGUCUCUGUCAGUGGAAUUGAAUGGGAUUAUAUUGCCACUCAGGGACCAUUACAAAAUACCUGUCAGGACUUUUGGCAGAUGGUCUGGGAACAGGGAAUUGCAAUUAUAGCAAUGGUGACAGCAGAAGAGGAGGGUGGAAGGGAGAAGAGCUUUAGGUAUUGGCCACGCCUUGGUUCCAGGCACAACACUGUCACCUAUGGAAGGUUUAAGAUCACCACCCGGUUCCGCACAGACUCGGGCUGCUAUGCCACCACGGGCUUGAAGAUGAAGCACCUUCUCACGGGGCAGGAGAGGACGGUGUGGCAUCUCCAGUACACAGACUGGCCUGAGCAUGGCUGUCCAGAGGACCUCAAGGGAUUUUUAUCAUACCUUGAAGAGAUCCAGUCUGUUCGACGCCAUACAAAUAGUACAAGUGAACCAAAAAACCCCAACCCUCCGUUACUGGUCCACUGCAGUGCUGGCGUGGGACGGACUGGCGUCGUUAUUUUGUCAGAGAUCAUGAUUGCCUGUCUGGAACACAACGAGGUGCUGGACAUCCCACGGGUGCUGGACAUGCUGAGGCAACAGAGAAUGAUGAUGGUGCAGACCCUCUGCCAGUACACGUUCGUAUACCGAGUUCUCAUUCAGUUCCUGAAAAGCUCAAGGCUCAUAUAAGCUCCCACAACUUCCUACCGGGACCCGAUCAUGUGAAGCGUUUACAGCGGAAAAAAAAGAGUGCUUGCCGAAUUCAUGCUGUCUCCUCCACUCGAUGCACAUGGAGCACUACAUCAGGACGUAAGUGACGGGAUGAAUGAUGGCACAUGGAAGGAAGUAUGCAGAGCACGAGGCUGAAGAGGGGGUUUAACCUGGGAAAGAUGCCGAAGAGGAAGGACUUGGUUCUGAGGGCGUUGCCCUGCUCCAAUCUGUCCUAUUUGCAGUACUUGCACACAUUUGGAGAUUGUAUUUUCUAGAUAAUUCUCUAUUUCGCUGAAGCUACGCUGGGCAAUUCUGGCAAUCACUAAGGCGUAUAGGUGUCUAUCUUAAACGAGUUUUUGAUAAUGAAAUUUUAUUUUAUGACUCAAAUAUUUGGGGUUUUCUUCUUAAGAAACUGAACUUUCCAUGGGGAUGAUCCACAGAUGUGAGUAGUUCCUAUAUAACUUUGUAUUUAAAACUAUGUUAUUAUCUUUUGUUAUUUUUAAAAAAUCUUGGGUAGUUAACAAUGUAGUUACCAAACCCCAAACUACAAGAAGAAUCUAAAAGUGUUAUUUUGAAACAAAGAAAACAUUUUUAUAUUCAGAAAAUUUUUUAUCCUAAAAAUUCUAUAUAUUUGUACCUUCUGUAUUUUCCAAACAAGAGUUCAGCUCAUUAAGGUACUGAGAUGAGUCAGUUAAUGUAAGUUAAAGUUGGGAAUGAAGGCACAUUAUUUAAAAUGUAUGAAAAUAAUCAGAUUCACUAUUUUUUUUUCAGUAUUAUUCAUAAACCCAAAUGAGUUUGAUUUUAUUGGUUGAAAAUGAAGUGAAAAACAGUUGCAUAAGAUGGUUUUAAGCACUUUUUUUUGUUGAAAACAAUAAAUCUGAGUUUUUAAUAUAUGUGUUACUUUAUAGGUGAAACAGUAACAACGGACAUAUUGAAAGUGUUUUGGAAGAGAUCAGGAAUGUGUAUGUAGGGUGACUAGGACAAGAGUAAGUGCAGUGUAAACGCAAGAUGGUGAAUGCAAGCUGCCUUUGUCUUUACAGAAAAUGCAGUGUUAUCUAUACUCAGACUGAGAUGCUGGCAUGGGGAGUGGGGGGCUUGGGAAGAGUCUGGGGGCUGACCCCCCAAGGAAGGUAUCCCCAGGAAAUUCAGGGCCCAUCACUGGCAGUGACUCGCUCUGUUUCCUUGAAGUUCUUCCACCUGCACCUCUCUUCUUUUUUUU